UUGUUUUCUUCGUACGCAGCAUCUGUGUGACGACACAGUCUGAAUUCGAUCCUAUAAAGACUGCCACUUCCCAGUCCGCAACCGUACUACAUUCUCCGACAGGUCUCAAGGAACACACGACAGGCAACACCAGAAACGUGAAGAAUGGACAUCAAGGGGAAGACUGCCCUGGUUACCGGCGCCGCUACUGGUAUCGGCCUGGAGUACGUCAAGGAGCUCCUUAGGAAUGGUGCGCAGAAUGUGGCUGUCCUCGAUUUUGACGCUCGAAAGGGAGAAAAUGCUGUCAAGGAACUGAAGAAAGAGUACGGAUCAGGCCGAGUUAUAUUCAUCAAGACUGACGUCACAAAUGCAACCGAACUGGAAGAGGGAUUCAAGAAAACGUACGAAACGUUUAAGGCUUUGGACAUCGUCAUUAACAACGCCGGUAUUCUGGACGAUGGCAGAUGGGAACUUGAGAUAGCCAUCAACGUAAAUGCCGUUGUGCGGGGCACAUUACUAGGGUUCCAGUACAUGGGGAAGGACAAAGGGGGCAAAGGUGGCAUAGUGGUCAACAUAGCGUCUAUCUUAGGCCUGGCAGCAAUUGCAGGCUGUCCCGUUUACACCGCCACAAAGCACGCAGUUGUCGGCAUCACCCGUUCUUUAGGCUUGCCUUAUCACUUCGACCGAACCGGAGUGAGGGUGGUGGCUAUAUGCCCGGGAGUCACCGACACAAACCUCAUUUCUGAGGCUCAUAAGCGCCAGUUGUCGGGAGAGUGGGGGCGAGAAUGCGGCAGGGAGGUUGAUGAACUUCCUAAACAAAGACCUGAGCAUGUGGCCAAGGAAAUGAUGCGCUUGAUUAAAAAGGGAGGCAGCGGGUCGCUCUGGGUAUGUGAAGGUGGACAGCCAGCGUACGAAAUUCAUAUCCCGGAUCGGCAAACUUUGAAGGUCGAGUAGCCUCAACGACGCAACAUCGACAUUAAGCUGGAAAAGCGAAUACGCAUAAAGUAUAUUCUGAGAUGGUUGUUUCUGUACAUCGUAUUGUGAGAAAUGGCAAUUACAUCAUGUGAAAAUACCUUUAAUUAUAACAGAAAGUACAUCAUAUCUUCCAUAAGAAUUUUACACAAAAAUUAUUCUUGCCGUAUGUGCAUCAGGCUUGUCACACGUAGUACAUGCAGAAUCGGAACGCAUACUUGCACGGCAUUUAUAUCAAAUUAUGACAUAUGUAUCGGUGUUUGUUGUUAACCAUGUUCAAGAGUAAACAUAAGGUAUUUUGGUGUUUACUGGAGGGGCUGAACGUUAAUGUUAACCGUGCUAGCCCGAAAAAUUCCGAUCAUAUGGGAUGUUCUGAUGAAUCAUAAAUGGGUAUAUGGCACAAGGAAUUAGACUGGAAAUCUAUUUACGUUUAUCACCAACUUGCUUAAAUACCAGAGUUAUUCUUAAAAUAAUGAAUCAUAUAAUUACUUAUUGCUUGUUCCUUAUAUCUUAAAUAUAUGUAAUGCCUGUAGCUGUGUGUAUUAUAUCAUUACCCUACGCACGCCUACAACGAACUUCAUAAGCAACGAAGAGAAUACUAAGACAUUUCAACCUCUUAAAUUACACACGGAAUUUAGUGCACUGCGAGAAAACUACCCUAUUCGUAGACCAGGUUUUACUUAAAAUAAACUGCACUCACAUAAUAAAAUUACAUAUUUCUUAUAUCACAUAUCUUUAAUAAGUUCUUACUUAGUGCAAGCGACGUGAUAUUGUAACCUCGUGAGUGGCACAAAGGCUACAUUAUUAGCUCACUGCAAGGAAAACGUUUAAUAAAUGCGAGAAUGCAUGUUCUA